AUGUGUGAUUUAGCUGUAUGUGUUCCUCUUAACAGCACAAAAUCAGAGGGGAAAUUAACCUCACUAGAUCAGUACAUCUCACGAAUGAAACCAGGUCAGAAGGAUAUUUUCUAUAUAACAGGAACCAGCAAGGAACAGUUGGAGAAAUCUCCAUUCCUCGAGAGGCUUACAAAGAAAAAUUAUGAGGUUAUAUUCUUCGCUGAUCCUGUGGAUGAAUACCUGAUGCAGUACCUGAUGGAUUAUGAAGAUAAGAAGUUCCAAAAUGUCUCCAAGGAGGGCUUGAAACUUGGAAAGGAUUCUAAAGACAAAGAACUGAAGGAAUCAUUUAAGGAGUUGACCAAAUGGUGGAAAGGUGCACUUGCCAGUGAGAAUGUAGAUGAUGUGAAGAUAAGCAACCGUCUGGCUGACACUCCUUGUGUAGUUGUGACAUCUAAGUUCGGCUGGAGCGCAAAUAUGGAGAGAAUCAUGCAGUCGCAGACACUAUCAGAUGCUAGCAAGCAGGCAUACAUGCGUGGCAAGAGGGUGCUUGAGAUCAACCCAAGGCAUCCAAUUAUCAAGGAGCUGCAGGAGAGAGUAGUAAAGGACCCUGAGUAUUUUGGUGGUCAGAAAUUGGUUUUGGUAAACUUACCUCGCAUUGCUAUUUCUGACUUCCAUUCUCUGUGCAGUUUCCCUGAUGAGGGUGUAAAGCAAACGGCACAACUCAUGUACCAAACAGCAUUGAUGGAGAGUGGCUUCAUGCUCCCUGACCCCAAGGAUUUUGCUUCCCGGAUAUACAGCUCGGUGAAGACGAGUCUAAGCAUCAGUCCCGAUGCUGCAGUUGAAGAGGAAGAUGAUGCUGAAGAAAUUGAGACUGAAUCCAGCACGAAAGAAGCAGAAUCUAUUCCUGAGGCAGAGGCUUAUACUGGUCAAGAUGAUUCAGACACAGAGCCUUCCGCUGUCAAGGAUGAGUUGUAGGUUGCCUGAGCAUGGAUGGCCUGCAAUUGGAGGGGAUGAUUUUCCUGUGGUGUCUGUCCCAAGCAAACCUCAUAGACACUGAUAAAAAAAAAAAAAAAAACCUCGCAGAUGUUGCAUAAUGCAUUAGGCCUUCCUUGUGACAAUUUAGGAAAGGGAGAGUUUUAAUUUAUAGAUUACAGUAAACAUAACUACCAGGAAUUUUGUUUCUUUCGUUUUAUAUGGUAGAAGUUGUAUGGACAUGCUUCGUGUGUUUUUAAAGCAAAGCACUGUACUGCAAUUUUUCUUUCU